CUUAAUAAUGAUAGAGGGAUAUCAGUUUUAGGAACUUGGUCUUGAUGCUGUUGAGUGCGUGCCCCAAAAAUCAAAUUAAUGAUUAAGGAUAAAAAGAGAAGUGGAAAACAUUGACAACUUGACUCAUUGAAAAGAUGGGCCUUCUACUGUCAAAUUAAUUAACUGGUUAUUUUCUUCUCUUCUUCAGAAAGCCAUUUAACAUCAGCAAACAUGGGAGACUGGGGUUUUCUUUCCACGUUACUGGACAAGGUGCAGUCCCACUCAACGGUCAUUGGAAAGAUAUGGAUGAGUGUCCUGUUCCUGUUCAGAAUCAUGGUUCUGGGUGCUGGAGCGGAGAGCGUGUGGGGCGAUGAACAAUCUGGUUUCAUAUGCAACACGCAACAACCUGGUUGUGAAAAUGUCUGCUAUGACUGGAUCUUCCCCAUAUCACACAUCCGUUUCUGGGUCAUGCAGAUCAUCUUCAUCUCCACUCCAACUCUUCUGUACCUGGGUCAUGCCAUGCAUGUCAUCAGCCAGGAGAACAAGCUAAGAGUCAUACUGCACAACCAAGAAGAUAAUGGCAUGUUGAAGAAGCCCAAAUACACAGAUGAAGCAGGGAAGGUCAGAAUUAGGGGAGAUUUGUUGGGCAGUUACAUGACCCAGCUAUUCUUUAAGAUCAUUCUAGAGAUCGCUUUUAUUGUGGGCCAGUACUACCUGUAUGGGUUUGUCAUGGUCCCCAUGUUCCCUUGCUCCAAAUCUCCCUGUCCCUUUACUGUAGAAUGCUACAUGUCCCGUCCCACAGAGAAGACCAUAUUCAUCAUCUUCAUGCUGGUGGUGGCCUGUGUGUCUCUGGCUCUGAAUGUGAUUGAGGUUUUCUAUCUGCUUUACACAAGAGUGAGAUGUGGCGGCUCCAAGGGGCGCACUCAUCACACUACCUCAGCAGCGAACCCUGCCUCCCUCCGCUCCCAUAGGUGGUCUGGUCGCGUGGAUACUGAGAUGGACCCACUGAGACAGAACAAGAUGAACCUGGAGUUUGAGAGUGGCCAGAGUUUAGGGGGUAGUCUGGAUGGAGCCACACAAGAGAAAAGGUUGCUAGGUGACCACUAAAACACUUGAAAGUUAAUUAGCCAUGAUUGUACACUACCUGUUUUGCUUGCUUAUGUUUAUUGAUUUAAACGCAGUGCACUAGUAGUUCGUGUAUUUUAUGUAUUGAUGUCGAAUCUUUUGUAUUGUUGAAAAUCUGAAUGAAUACACUACCUGUUUUGCUUGCUUUUGUUUAUUGAUUUAAACGCAGUGCACUAGUAAUUAGUGUAUUUUAUGUAUUGAUGUUGAAUGUUUACUGUUCAAUUGUGAACUACUACAAAAUGAAAUGUUACCCCUAAAUGCCAAUACACCUUGAUAUCUGUGAAAUAGAAAUGUAAUUCAGUUAUAAUAUCCCAAUGGUAUGUUCUAUGUAACAUUUUCUGUCAUAGGAAGCUUUGGGAUUUUGGAAAUCUAUUUCCCCAGUCAGAUGAAUUUGUGGAUACUAUUUCUAUGUCUCCGUGUCCAGUAUGAAGGAAGUUAGAGGUAGUUUAGUGAGCCCAUGCUAACUAGCGUUAGCACAAUGAAUGGGAGUCUAUGGGUAUCUGCUAGCAUUGAGAAGUUGAUAAAGGGCCCCAUUGCCAAAAUCCAUACCACCUGGGGUCUUGAAAUUAUUUGUAUAUUGCCUGAUGAAUGUUAACAACCGAGAAAUUGUCUAUCCUACAAUACAAUCUAGAUAUGCAGUGUUUAUUUGUUUGAAGGAAUAAAUAAAAUAUAUUGUAAAAAAAAA